AUGAGUGAAUCAGGAACAGCUCAAACUAAUUGGACUGGUACUUGGUAUGGUGAAACUAAAGCUUAUCCGGAAGGUGCAAUAGGUAAUGGUUAUAAUGUGACAUUUGAAAUUGGACCCUACCCAAUGGUUGAUCACAACUGCACGACGUGGAGAAGUAUUUUUAAAGAGCAUGAUACAAUUAAAAUGACUAAGGACAAUCGUUUGUGUCGAGAACGUGGUCCCGACGAUCUCUAUAUUGUUGAUGGUCUUAGUGGUGCAAAGGUAGCAGUACAAUGGAUCCAUAACGUGUUCGUGUCAUCAUUUAAACAUCAAGGUGUAUUUGCCGUCGCUAAGAUGCAAAUGCGUGGAGAUAUUCUUGAAGAAGAAAUUGUAAUUACUGCUGACAAUCCCGCUAUUGAAAAUGUCAUGGUGUCUGCAAUAUCAACUGCAUUAUCACCAUCAACAAAAAAAACAAUGAUUGAACAAUCAUUAUUUACUAUUGAUAAAUCAAUUGUAGAAAAAAUGAAUGAUAUUAUAUUGAGACGUCCUCAUAUUGAUGAAGCAAAAUUAAUUAUAAGUCGUGCAUUACGUGGUCAAGAAGAAGAUAUAAAUAUAUUACAAUAUAUUAGUAAACGAAAUCAUGCACAUCAACUAGGUCCAAGACGAUUUCAUCUGUUAGUUAUUCGUGCUAUGAAAGUAUCAUCGCCAUUAUAUAAUUAUUAUGUCGAUAAAUUUCAUAUAAAUUAUAUUAAUGAUAUUAAAAACAAUUUACAAUUUCCAUCAUCAAAAAAUUAUAUAGGUCGUUUAUUAUAUGAUCUGAAUUGUUCAUUAACAAAUAAUUUUCAACGUCCAUCAAGAAAUAAAUUCAAAAAGGGACAAAACAAUCAAAUAGACAAUAAACAACAAUCGAAUCAUGAUGAUAAUUCAGUUUUGAUUCAACCCAUUGAAUUUGUUAAAUUUGAAGUAGCACGUCAAUUAAUUGAACGUAAUCGUCAACAAUUAAACAGAAAUCUCAAUGAAAAUAUUGAAUGUCCUAUUUGUUUUGAAAAUAAAAAAGAAUUAAUAUCAUUACAUAACGAUAGAAGACAUUCAAUAUGUAAUGCAUGUCGAACGAUGAUAUUAAUAUGUCCAUUUUGUCGUAAAGAAUUAUAA